AUGGACAUUGACGAGGACGACGAUUUCUACGCGCCAGAAGAGGCAGACAUUGACACAGCAGCUCCGGCGCAAUCGGCACCACCAGCCGCACCUCCGUCGACCUCCACUGCAGCAGUAGACCAGAGCGGCAGGGAUGAUUUGGAAGAGGGCGAGGAAGAGGACGAAGUCGGGGCUGUGGAGGACGAAGAGGAGGACUCGGAUAUCGACAUCAUAAUAGAGCGGAAAGACGGCUCCAAGGCCGCACCUCCUUCAUACAGCGACAUUCGCAAUAUACGUGACGGCAGCGGCAAGGCGACCGUGGGAGCGAAGAAGGACGACAGCACAGCCACAAGCGGUGGCGGCAGUGGUGGCGGCAACAGCGGGACAGCCACUGGCUCCAGUGCGACCGCUGGUGCCCGGGGUAACGAGUACCCUGCAGUGCCGACAUCACUGAUCGACGUGAACGCAGUGCCAGUGCACAAGGGCACGGGCAAGCGGAUCACGCAGGUCAACAUUGACGAGGACCUGCCGGAGAACGACAAGCCAUGGCGCAAGCCGGGAACGGAUCUGAGCGACUACUUCAACUACGGCUUCGACGAGUUCACCUGGGCCCUGUACGCCCAGAAGCAGGAGGCCCUGCGCGGCGAGUACAGCCAGGACGCCGUGGCCGAGAAGAACAAGAAGAUGAUGGAGGACAUCAACAGCAUGUUCAUGAUGGGCGGCAUGCCGGGCGGUGGCAUGCCGGGAGCCGGAAUGCCAGGAGGAAUGCCUGGUGGCAUGUCAAGCAUGGGCAUGCCAGGUGGUGGGCCAGGGGGGCCUGGAGGGCCAGGAGGUCCAGGCGGGAGCGGCGUGCCGUCCGGGGGAGCAGUGUCUGGUGGUGCAGGCGCAGGCGGAGGACCGGGUGGUCCAGGGGUGGGGGCCAUGGGUGGUGGUGUCGCUGCUGGAGGGCCUGCAGUGCCCGGUCUCGACGGCAUGCCGCCGGAGAUGCAGCAGAUGAUGCAGCAGAUGCUCGCGUCCGGCAUCGAUCCCAGCCAGAUGGAUCCGGCCACCAUGGCCAACAUGAUGGCGGCUGCUGGCGGCGGCGGUGGUGCUGGUGGUGGCGGUGGCGGCUACGGCAACCAGGGCUUCGGUGCUGGCCAGGGUCAAGGCUACGGCGGAUACGAUCCCAACAUGGGUGCCGGGAAUGGCGGCCGUGGCGGUGGCUUCGGACGGGGGCGCGGUGGCCGGCGAAACUGGUGA